CCCUCAAAGAAAGAGACGAUUACCGACACUCCCACGCGCUUCCUCCGUGUCUCGAAGCCGUUUUCUUCGAUCCAAUGCCCCAAUGGUGGUGGUUGUGGUUCAAAAAUGGCACUCAUUGUAAUACCUCACUCGAAUUAAUGCCUCCUUUAUUACUACUCUCCUGAUUCUUCAUUUCCCUCCUCAAAUCUUAUCCUUCCAUUCUCAUACUUGAUUUCUUCUCUCUUUUUCAUUCCAUUCCCGUUUCCCCUUUUGUUCUUAACUUGGACAGAUCGCGAAUUAUUCUUCCGGAAUAAGGAAUCGGCUCUCCCUCUCUCUGGUGGGGCUGUUUUUGAUCCCUAUUUUCUCUGGGGGUGUAAUGGAGAAGAGGGUUUGUCCAUAAAGGGGUCGUUUCUUCUUCUUUCUUUCUUUCUUUGAUUUCGUUUGGUUCUGGGGGAUUUGGGUGAGUUCGAGAGGAGAUUUUAGAUGGGGUUACUGAGUAGUAUACUGGGUUUUUGCGGCUUUGGCUUGGGAACAUCUAUUGGGCUUGUGAUUGGAUAUUAUAUGUUCAUCUAUUUCCAGCCAGCAGAUGUCAAGGACCCUGUUGUUCGCCCUUUGGUUGAGCAAGAUUCUCGAUCAUUGUCACGGAUGAUGCCAGAAAUACCUCUCUGGGUGAAAAAUCCUGAUUACGACCGUGUUGAUUGGCUCAACAAAUUUCUUGAAAAUAUGUGGCCAUACUUGGACAAGGCCAUUUGCAAGACGGUGAAUAAUAUAGCAAAGCCUAUUAUUGCAGAACAAAUUCCAAAAUACAAAAUUGAUGCCGUUGAAUUCGACACACUUACAUUGGGCUCCUUACCACCCACUUUUCAAGGAAUGAAAGUUUAUAUGACUGAUGACAAAGAGCUGAUCAUGGAACCAUGUAUGAAGUGGGCGGGGAAUCCGAACGUGACCGUUUCAGUGAAAGCAUUCGGAUUGAAAGCGACAGUUCAGGUGGUCGAUUUGCAAGUGUUUGCUAUUCCGCGUAUAACCCUGAAGCCUUUGGUCCCGACAUUUCCUUGUUUUGCCAAAAUUUUCGUCUCUCUCAUGGAGAAGCCUCAUGUCGAUUUUGGACUGAAAUUGCUCGGUGCAGAUGCAAUGUCCAUCCCCGGGUUGUAUAGAUUCGUUCAGGAGCUUAUAAAAGACCAAGUUGCCAAUAUGUACCUAUGGCCUAGGACCCUCGAAGUACCGAUAAUGGAUCCUGCAAAAGCCAUGAAGAAACCUGUUGGCAUCCUUCAUGUGAAGGUUUUGAGAGCAAUGAAGCUUAAAAAGAAAGAUCUAUUUGGGGCAUCAGAUCCAUAUUUAAAACUGAAGCUCACUGAAGACAAGCUGCCUUCCAAGAAAACAACUGUUAAACACACUAAUUUGAACCCAAUAUGGAACGAGGAGUUUACUUUUGUCGUGAAAGAUCCCGAGUCUCAAGCCUUGGAACUUAUCCUCUACGAUUGGGAGCAGGUUGGCAAGCACGAAAAGAUGGGAAUGAACGUUGUUCCAUUGAAAGAACUAACACCUGAGGAGUCCAAGGAGAUUACUCUUGACGUAUUGAAAAAUAUGGAUCCUAAUGAUACACAAAACGAGAAGUCGAGAGGGCAGCUUGUUCUGGAGUUGUUGUACAAACCAUUUAAGGACGAUGAAGCACCGAAAGAUGUCGAUGAUGAUGACACAAUACAAAAGGCUCCUGAUGGAACACCCGCUGGCGGAGGCUUGCUCGUUGUCAUUAUCCAUCAGGCUGAAGAUGUGGAAGGGAAGCAUCACACUAACCCCUAUGUCCGGUUGCUUUUUCGAGGAGAGGAGAAAAAAACUAAGCAUGUUAAGAAAAACCGAGACCCGAGAUGGGAUGAGGAGUUUCAGUUUAUGCUGGAGGAGCCGCCUGUCAACGAUCGGCUUCACGUGGAAGUACACAGCACCUCGUCGAGGAUAGGCCUGCUUCACCCCAAGGAGUCUUUAGGUUAUGUGGACAUAAACCUAGCUGAUGUUGUCUCAAACAAGAGGAUCAAUGGGAAGUAUCAUCUCAUUGACUCGAAGAACGGUCGGAUUCAAAUCGAGCUUCAAUGGAGAACUUCGUCCUAGGCGAUUCAAUUUACCCCUUUUUCUUUUCUUUUCUUUUCUUUUUCUUCCCCUUGUAGGGUAAAUUAACUAGUGAUAUUCUUGUUUAUUGAAAUGUUGAUAUGUUAUGGUUUAUUUUGUAUUUGAUCCAAACAAAGAUUGAAUAAUUAUGCAGAGUUCUCUUGUUUGCUUUUAUAAAUGGGCUUUGGGUUUUGGUUUAAA